CCUGUUCCUCCCUCUCCCCACUCUUCGUCUCUCUCCCACUCCUCUUCGCCCUGCCCUUUCCUGGAGAAGCGGAAAAUGUAAGUCGGGGUGCGAAGAGGGCGAGCGAGGGGCCGAGGCACCAUGAAUGUGUGUAACCGCACUGAUCUUCCAGAGGUGGAAAUCAUCAGUCUACUGGAAGAGCAGCUGCCCCACUACAAGCUAAGAGCAGACACCAUCUAUGGGUACGACCACGACGACUGGCUCCACACCCCUCUCCUCUCCCCUGACACCAACGUGGACCUUACCGUCGAGCAGAUCGAGGAGACACUAAAGUAUUUCCUUCUAUGUGCUGAAAGAGUGGGCCAGAUGACUAAGACGUACAAUGACAUAGAUGCUGUUACACGUCUGCUUGAAGAGAAAGAACGGGAUUUGGAGCUUGCUGCCCGCAUUGGCCAGUCUCUACUGAAGAAAAACAAAACCCUCAGUGAGAGAAACGAAUUGCUGGAAGAACAAGUGGAGCACAUUCGAGAAGAGGUGUCUCAGUUGCGCCAUGAUCUGUCAAUGAAAGAUGAGCUUCUCCAGUUCUACACUAGUGCAGCAGAAGAGAGCGAAGGAGAGUCCUGCACCUCCACCCCCGUCUGCCACAAUGACUCCACGCUGCUGGUGCCAAACUUCUUUCCCCUGGACUCACUGCAGAAGAAACUCAAAGACCUGGAGGCGGAGAAUAUCUCUCUGAGAUCUGAGGCCUCUCACCUGGAGACCGAGACCGAGGAGUACGAAGAGAAGGAGCAGCAGUUGGUCAACGAUGUCGUCAAGGAGCUGAGAGAUGCCAACCACCAGAUGUCCACCCUGGCGGAGGAGCUGGCGAGGAAGACGGAUGAUGCGUCCCGCCAGCAGGAGGAGAUCACACACCUUCUGUCCCAGAUUGUGGACCUGCAGAAGAAGUCCAAGUCUUAUGCAGUGGAAAACGAGGAGCUCACCCAGCACCUAGGGGCUGCCAAAGAUGCUCAGCGCCAGCUCACUGCUGAGCUGAGGGAGUUGGAGGAGAAGUUUGCAGAGUGUAUGGAGAUGCUCCACGAGGCACAGGAGGAGCUGAAGAACCUCCGGAAUAAAACCCUGCCGCUCAGUACACCUCGACGUUUUCACUCCCUGGGACAGUUCCCAAUGGUGUCAGAUGCUAGCAGCAUUGUUUGUGCAGAGGGGGACUCGCUAGCUGCUGAGAUAGAGGGUACCAUGAGAAAGGAACUGGCCAUGGAUGAUCCAGAAGUGGAGGAGCAGAAGUUGCACCCCAAGCGCGUGUUUGAGACUGUGAAGAACAUCAACCUGAUGCGUCAGCGCUCCUCUCUGGCUCCAUCUCCCAUGAACAUCCCCGGCUCCAACCGGUCAUCUGGGCUGAACUCAUGCCGCUCCAGCUGCAUGUCGACGCCGCGCUCCAGCCUGUACGGGGACGUGAGCUCCAUAGACAACCGCCACAACAGCAUCAUGCCGGAGACCCCGGAUGACAGCAUCAACGACUCCAACAAGAAACCAGGGACCCCUGGGACGCCGGGCUCCCGGGACCUCGAAGCGGCCCUCCGCCGUCUCUCCCUGCGGCGGGAUAACUACCUGAGCGAGCGGCGCUUCUUCGAGGAGGAGAGGGACCGCAAGCUUCAGGGGCUGGCGGAGAAAGGAGAGCUGUACGGCGGCAGCGUGACUCCCACGGACAGCAUCAUGUCCCUGGGAGGCAGCCACUCCUCCUCCAUCUGGUCCGGAUACUCCUUCAGCUCCCGCUCCUACCUGCCGGAGAAACUGCAGAUCGUCAAGCCGCUAGAAGGCUCUGCCACCUUGCACCAUUGGCAGCAGCUGGCGCAGCCCCACCUGGGGGGCAUCCUGGACGCACGGCCUGGGGUCGUCACCAAGGGCUUCCGGCCUCUAGAACUGGACCUGGAGCAUGUCUACCGGUUCACUGACUUUGAGGAGGACUUUGAGGUGGUGGCGGGGCCCGACGACCUGUCACUCCAGAGCCUGCCGACCUCGGACUACGGUGGCGUCGGUGUCCUUAGCCGGCCGGGCCUCCGCUCCCGCUCUUCCUCGUGCUCGUCCUCCUGCAGCGGCGGAGCCGUCACCAACCACCUCCCUGAGGGCGGGCCCGGCGCUAGACAUGAAGCCAGGGGGGAGGGCAGGACUCUGGCCCAAGGCGACGGCCCUCUGUCCCCGCCCCGACCUCCCAGCUGUGAAAACCACGGGAACCAGGAUCAUGCUGCAGUCGCUGAUGGGGUGUCCGCCCACUAUCCUGGUAAAUGUAUGUCCCAUACAGGGUCCACCUACACCUUCACCACCUGUCGAAUCAUGCACCCCUCGGACGAGCUGACCAGAGUCACCCCCAGCCUUAUGUCCGGCCCUAAGACCUCCUGUGUCGUGACCAGUAGCAGUGUCAGGUCCACUCCCUGCUCCACCCCCUGUACCCCCCGACGCCUCAGCCUCUCCGCCGAGUCCUUCACCAACCUGAGGGACUCCACCAAGACCAUGAGCACAAGCGGAGGCCUGGUGCGUCUCCUCCAGGAGCGAGGCAUCUCUGCUGCGGUCUACAACCCCCAGAGCUGGGAUCGGGCAGGGAGCAGCGCCACCUCCGUCCCUACUUGGGGGACACCAUCGAUUCUGCCUCCCCCGCCUAGGCCCCCCGACACCCUACCCUCCACGCCGCCAAACUCCCCGACCCGCCGCCCCCGCCCCUCCAAACCGAGCAGCCCCAUGGGCCUCUUCGACCUCAGCCCCAGUAGCCCGCCCUAUGACAACUUCCUGGCGUCGAAGCCGGCCAGCUCCAUAUUGAAGGAGGUCCGAGCGGAGGCCCAGAGCAGCGAGUCGUCGGAUGGUGGGUGUCAGACUGACGUCAGUGUUUCCAACCUCAAGCUGGUGGACAAGCUGAAGCGCUUCAGCAUGGCCGGGGACACCCACUCCCCCUGCCCGGGGAAUUCGGGGCUCGCCAUGCUGGGGCCCCUCAGUGGCCUCCACCGGCCAGGCCCCGCCUUCGGCCCAUCCGCGGGGACCAGCUCCAUGGGGGGCAUCCCAACUCUGAACACCGGAAUCCGCCGCAACCGCAGCUACCCAGCCAUGGUUGGGGCCAGCAUGGCUAUGAAGGGCCCGGGGCCCGACGUCCACACAGACAUGCUCCUGGCUUCUUCCUCCACGCGCCCCAGACAGACUAGUCUCAACGACGAAUGAUGCGUUUUAUUCUGUGUCCAAUGAAUCGUCGUUAAUGUCUAUAUAUGGCUACCGUAGGAUCCCCUCGUUUUGUGACGAAUCGGUUCUGUGCCUGGAAGAGAGUAGCUUUCUUGUUCAGUGGAUGUUGGUAUCAGUGCUAACUACGUUGUUUUCCUUUCGUGUUACUCCCCAUCUCUCUGUCUCCCUUGGCAUCCCUGUCCUCAGUUAGUAGGACCAUGACAUACUAUAAUUUUAUUCUUGAUUUGCUCAGCAGAUUCAGUCGCCUGAAGGACAUGUACUGUAGCACCCAUUAUCUGUUCAGGGGGGAGAGUUUCCAAGCCCAGGAAAAUGCCUAUUAAAAUGCACUUUUUUUUUUAUUCCCAGGUCUAAAUAUAUACGUGUGGUGAUAAAACACUUUAAAAUACCUGGCAAUGGUGUAGCUUUUCAGCACUGAUCCUAUAAGUCCAUAACACUGUGGUCUCUAACUGCUGAUUAGCCAAUAAGAAAAGCAGUUACAAUAAAUACACCUUAAUGUUAUAAGGGUUACAGUGGCAUCCAUUCAAACUAGCUAGCAUUUUACUCUGAAAUAUUAUUCAACCUGAGUUUUUAUUCAAAAAGAGGGAUGGUUGGGUGUUUGUCGUGAAUGAUUAGAGUAUGGUUCGACUUUGAAAACCCGAGGUUAGAAUUUUAUUGUAACAGCCCAACAUGAUAUACAGACAUGGAAUAUGGAAACGUGUAUGAAGUUGUUGAAGGCCUUACCUACAGGCUGAGAUGGUAGCAAAUAUUUGAAUCCGUUUGGUAAACAUGCAAGACAUUUCACCCAGACUCUAGUAAUUGCUCACUCCGAAAUUCUAAACCUGUGUAUGAGAAUCUGUUUAGAUGGUGGCCAAUCAAGAAACACAUCAUUUUUACUUUCAUCAUUUCAGUAAUAGUACGGCUUUAGUGAUUGAACUGUUAGCUUUAAACUAACAGUACUGUAAAGUACUGUAAAGUACUGUAAACACAAUUGGGAAAGAGGGAGAAAAUAAGGGGAUGCAUCCUACUAGUGCCUGAUACUUUAUUUUAUUUCAUUAUUGUCUGACUCUCUGACCUCUCUGUCCACCAUAAGGUCGGCCUUCCUCCAAUAUAAUCCACACUGAUAUUAGCCAUUUAAUUGGAUUAUGUUUAGAAAAUAUCCUCAUCACAGGGUUUUUAACUUUGAAGUUCAAAAAGCAAAGACGAUUAUUUGAUUGUGGAUGUCUAUAUUUUGAGAGAAGCACAUGAAGUUGAGUUGUACUGUAUGUGUCGAAAUGAAGAAUACAAGCCGCUUAUUUAUCUUUUACUGACAAAAGUAGAAUAUUGUCUGUGCGGAUAUUCUGUGGGCACUUUGUGUGUAACUUGAAUAUCCUCUGAAUGUAUUAAUAUGAGAAAAUGUCUGUGUAUAUUGAUUGAAAUGAUUACUUUUGCUGCAUUUCAACCACAAAGGGAAUUAUUAUGCUACUUGUACAUGGUAAGUAUGCAAUGAAUUUAGCAAUGUUACCUAUUUUUUAAUAAUCUAGAAUAUAUAUAUAUAUAUAAUAUACAGAACAACAGUGUUAAGACAAUGAAGUGGUCAGAAAAACAUUGUAUAAAAAGAAAAAAUUGUGUUCUGGAAUUUCAAGAGCUCCUUUUUUUGCAGAAACCGACAUUAUCAAUAAAACAGUUUAUAUGACCUG